AUGGACCACGCGCUGGUGCGUGGCCUGCCCUCGGGGAUUCGCAGCUACUGGUGUGUGGAGCUGGAAGGCCACAUCGACAGCCACUACUACCGCCCAGAAGCCUGCGUCACUGCUCGCAAGCGCACCGAGACCAUCACCGAGCUCGUCCGCAUCUUCAGUGCAAUGCUCGACAAGAGGGACGUGGACUACUGGGUCGACAGCGGCACCUUGCUGGGUCAAUUCCGAACGCAGUCGGUCAUCCCAUGGGACGACGACGCCGACUUUGGCAUGACGAUGGAAGGGUACGAGCAGCUUCGGGACAAGCACUGGGCCGUUCCCGACGGGUAUGAGCUCCAGGUCUACGACAGCAAGAUCCAUCGAGCCCGGAACCGCGACUGGAACAUCCCCGCUCGGCUCGUGGACAAGACCUACGGCUUCUACGUGGACGUGUUCGUGUUUGUCGAGUCCGAGGCCAACGGCGUUGAAAUGCUGGGAACGCACCCGUCGAGCUGUUGGCACGCGUGCUCCAAGUGUCUGCAGAUCGACCGGUACGCCAAGCUGCUCCUCAUUCCACGAUACUACGUGUUUCCGCUUCUGAGCUGUCCGUUCGCCGACUUUCGAGUACUCUGCCCAGCCCGACGAACAUUGUACCUGGAGCAUCUGUACGGCCCAGACUUCCGAAUUCCUCGCAGGACGUAG